AUGGCCCGCCGGGUGCAGCUGGCUCCGGGCUCGCUGGCGCUGGUGCUGUGCCGGCUCGAAGCGCAGGAGGCGACGGGGGACACGGAGGAGGCCAGCGGACGCGCGAUUUUCCGCGCCUUCCGCCGCGCCAACGCGCGCUGCUUCUGGAACGCGCGCCUGGCGCGCGCCGCAUCACGACUGGCCUUCCAGGGCUGGCUGCGGCGCGGGGUGCUGCUGGUGCACGCGCCCCCAGCCUACUUGCAGGUGUUGCGCGAUGCCUGGCGACUCCGGGCAUUGCGCCCGCCGCGCGGCUUCUGCAUCAGCGCGGUGGGUGAUGUCUUUCCAGUGGAAAUGGCCCCAAUAGCACAGUCUCAGUUUGUGCCUUUGGCUGAAGUCCUUUGCUGUGCUGUGUCUGAUAUGAAUGCAGCUCAGACUGUGGUCACCCAGGAAUCACUUUUGGAGCAUCUGAUGAAAAAUUACCCAGGCAUCACCAUCCCAUCCCAAGACAUUCUCUAUACCACUCUGGGAGCUCUGAUAAAAGACAGGAAGAUUUAUCACACAGGGGAAGGCUACUUCAUCGUGACUCCUCACACUUAUUUUGUCACAACUACAACCACACAAGAAAACCGGGGAGUCUCCCUAUCUGGUGGCAGUCGCCCAGGUCCAACUUCCCUGACUUAUCUGGUGAGCGUGGAGGGCUGCACAGGUGCAACCAAUGAGAAUGCUGCCCUUGCUUUCCAUUGCCAGUCAUGCCAGUGUUUCCCUGAUGUGUGCACUCGGGAUGUUGAAGAACCACCACCUGCUACGGAAGUGACUAGAAAAUGCCAGAAAGAUUUCGGGCAAUCCAAACCAUUAGUGCAGAAUCAAGCAGUUUCAGUGUCUGAGGAAAAUGAUGUCUGUGACAGCACCAAACCUUUACUGUACUCAAAAGACAAAGAAAAAGGCAAGAAGUUUGGUUUUAGUCUUUGGUGGCGCAGCAUAUCCAGAAGGGAGAAGCCCAAAGCAGAGUACAGCAGUUUCUCUGCCCAGUUUCCACCUGAAGAAUGGCCUGUCCGAGAUGAAGAUGACUUGGACAAUAUCCCUCGAGAUGUUGAACAUGAGAUCAUCAAGAGAAUUAACCCUGUUUUGACUGUUGACAACUUAAACAAACAUACUGUCCUAAUGCAAAAAUACGAAGAACAGAAAAAAAUUAACAGCCAGGGCACUUGCACUGAUGUGCUGACAGCCAGGCAGAAAUAUCCUUCGAGAGACAGAGUUAGGCCAAGGCAGGGUCGGCCUGCAAAGCCCCACAGGCGGAGCCAUUCACACAGGGACAGACACAAAGUAAGGAGUCAGGGCAAUGAACUCAGGCCAGCUCACAGAGCCGAGCAGCACCCUGAGCUCCCUGCUCCACAGCCCACUCCCAGAACCAAAAGCCCAAACGAAACAGAAGAACGGACGCAACUAGGUGAGAAUUCAACAGUGCCAGGCUCCCAUCCGAUUUACAAAAAGCGAAUCAGUAACCCUUUUCAGGGGUUGUCUCUCCGAGGGAGUCCAGUAACCAAAGGACAUAGCAUUCACAAGACCAGCGACAUGAAACUCCGACAGAUUGGUCCAAGGGAAAGAAGGGAAAGACCUCUCCAAAGGUCACAGUCUUGGGACUCCUUGGGACUCUUUGAUGGUGAAGCCAAACAGCUGUGCGCUGGGCACACUGAUGAAAAAUUAUGGGGAGAAUCCAUUCAUGUGAAUAACUCUGCUGUCAAGCCCAUCAGGGAUGGGUACAGAAACAUCCUCUUAAAUUACUCUCAGUCUCAUCUUUUACGAAGAAACGGUAGUACAUGCUGUUCCUUUAGGGAAAGCAGGUCAAAAUAUAAUGCGUAUGGGGAAGAAAAUGACCUGAUCCCAGAUGCAUUCAACAGUCAUGCUUGCUUUGACAAGUCAGGGGAAACCAAAGACACACAGCAUAUCCCACCCUCACCAAAUCUCUCCUCUUUGGGCCAAACACGCACUGCUUCCAGAUUGGUGGAUCAAACGAUACACCAGUUUCAAAAUCUUGGCCUUUUGGAUUACCCAGUUGUUGCAAACCACUUGCAAGAACCUGAGCAAGACAGGGACUCUGAAGAACCAACUAGGAUAGCAUUUGUCCAGGAUGCAGAGACUGGGAGUCUGGAACACAGAGGGCUUCCCGACGAUGCUCAGGCCUUGUCUCAGGAUGAGGUGGAGGGGGAGGAUGGGGCCUGCAGUUCAUUGUAUCUAGAGGAUGAUGACUUUUCUGAGAAUGAUGACUUCUGUCAAAUGCUGCCUGGCUGCAUGCAGUACCCCUUAUCAGGCAGAGGCAAGUGCAAUUAUUUAGAAAAGCAAAAAGUGACGGAGAGGUCUCUGAGUGAGCAUAACAGCAAUACAGACAGGUUUGUGCCUCAGAUGAAUGCAAAACAUGAGGAUUGUAAACCCACCGGGUUGCUCACAAACCCAGGCGAAAGCCAAAAACCUGAUCUGUCUGCAGAAACCCAUGGGUUAAAUUCAGGGACUCCGUUUGGUUUUAACUGUGAAGAGGAACCUGGUGUGGCUAACUGUUCACAGGCCCCGGCACCUGCUGAUGGAAUUGUGUUUGGUUACUGCAAUGCCAGGAAAGCCACUGCUGAAGCUGAAAGCCUUGGAGACCUUGACAGUAUCGGAGAAGUGAACACAGCCAGCUGGAGCUGGAGUGCACAGACUCAGGAAACGAGAAAUCGUUUCAAACAGAAGGUUGAGCUUUUCAAUGGAUCGCACAUGCCAGUGCUGGCUCCGGAUGUGCAACAUGAACACAGUCACCUGGAAGGAACAGAAACUCGCAGUGUGGCGGGAGACAGUGGAAUAGAUUCUCCACGGACACAGAGCCUGGCAUCUAAUUCGGUCGUUUUGGAUGGAUUGAAAAGAAGGCAGAAUUUUCUACAGGAAGGCACGAACAGCAGUCAGACACCGACAUCCAGUUCCUUGCUACAGCUAACUCCUGUCAUAAAUGUUUAA